AAGAAAUUCCACACGUAUGAAAGCGCACGCGAAUCCUCCGGCCGGCUCAGUUGUAAGCUUCGCUUUUCCGACCGGAGGUCGACAACCCUCCACGGUGGUGGCUCGAAACUGCAGUGAGUUGCGGCAUUAUCGGCGCGACGCGCUAUCGACAACCCCACGGAAUGUCCGCACGUUACGCUCGUUGCCGUUUGCCGGGCGGCUAGCCCCUAGGGUUGGAUGGGCACCGUUAUCGGCUUGUUUUGCGCCGCCAAUUCGUUCUAAUUGUACUUUGAUAAACUGCGAUUUGCAUAAGGAACUGUGUCACACUCCGUCGUAAAGCAGCGUCGCCGUUCACUUCUUAAGGAGCGAACCAAGAUCGAACUCGCGCGUGACUGAUGUGAUGUUGUGUCUGGACAUGAGACUCGUGCAGCGUUUGAGGGGCGAACGGACUGAAGACGCCUCGGCGAGGGACCGUUCGAAGAGUGUUUGCGUUACGAGCUUCCGCAGCAAGCCGCCCCGAGAUGUCAGCGCCUUUAAGCUGUUCCAUCGACGUGCCAGCAGUGCCAUUUCAACUGCUAGUGAUAUCAUAUCUCGCAGAGGAGUCUUUUCCAGAAGAUAUUAUGGAUCUGUCGAACAGCUUCAACAGCCCGAAGUCGACGGACACGAGCACUGCAGGCGGUUUCGCAUCGAAAAUGGCGAUUCGCAAGGCGAAAAGGACGAGAUGUUUGGUUCGCCAAGCACGCCAGUCCUUGAAAACCCCGAAUAUCAAACUAGAUGGUACUUCAAAUAUUUCUUAGGGAAACUACAUCAAAACUACGUUGGGUUGGAUAAUGACAAAGUACCUUUUUUUCUUAGUAUAGUUUUAAAUGAAGAUAAUAAUACGUGUGUCCCAUUGUAUAGGUCUAUUUUAUUUAAAAAAUCGGGUGCGCAAAAAAUAUCCCUACCGUUAAUGCAGCACAAAGUUUUAACUGUUAAGCAAAUCUUAUCAAACUUUCCGAACAUGGAUAAAAUCGAAAAAGGACCAAAAGAGAUAUUCUCUCCUGAUAUUCAAAAAGACUUACUAUUAUUAGAGGAACAAGAGGGCUCAGUUAAUUUUAAAUUCGGCGUUAUAUAUAUGAAACAAGGACAAACCACCGACGAUGAAAUUUUAAGCAAUGAGUAUGGCAGCAAAAACUUCGACCAAUUCCUCACGCUCUUGGGCGACAAGAUCAGAUUGAAGGGCUGGGACAAAUAUCGAGGCGGACUCGACAUCAAAGGUGACAUGACCGGUAAAUAUUCGGUGUACACGAUCUACGAAGGGCACGAGAUCAUGUUCCACGUGUCGACGCUGCUGCCGUACUCGAGGGACAACAGGCAGCAGGUGGAGAGGAAGAGGCACAUCGGCAACGACAUCGUCAACAUCGUGUUCGUGGACGCGUGCGACGCACAGCCCAACGCCGAAGGGGCCCACUCCACCUUCAACCCCACCUGCAUCAAGUCGCAGUUUACUCACGUAUUCGCGGUGGUCAGCGUCGACACGGAAAACCAAUACCGUCUGAGCGUGUUCUCCGACGAGGCGGUGCCCUUAUUCGGGCCGAGCCUACCCUGUCCCCCCGUCUUCAAGGACCCGCAUCUGUUCAGGGAAUUCCUGCUGGUGAAGCUGAUCAACGGCGAGAAGGCGACCUUCGAGACGCCGACGUUCGCCAGGAAAAGGAUGCGCACUCUCGACAUGCUCAUCAAGGACCUGUACUCCGAGUACAUGACCGACGCCCGAAUGACAAUGCUGAACCGACGUGCGUUCUCGGACGUGCUGGCCGAGACGCCGCGGCACUCCAGGCUCAAGGAGGACUCGAGGCAGAUCGAAUUCGUCCGCAUCGGUCAGGCGUUGAAGCUGGAAGCGAUCGUGAGGGGCGACGCGCCGACCAGCCUCGCGUCCGCCGGCAACGCGGGCACCGUCUUCAAGAGGUCGCCGUGGGAGGCGAACUGUUUCUACCCCGUGUUCCCCACGCUGGCGAUCCUGUGCUCCGAUUCGUGGGGCGACAAUAAGCUGGUGAUCGGCACCGAGGAGGGCAUCUACGUUGUCGAAGACGGAAAUUCGCACCGGCUGAUAUUCGACAAGUCUCUGCAGGCGCGCCAGCUGAACGUGGUGGAGCCGCACGGCAUCCUGCUGCUGCGUGGCGGCCACUCAAGCAAGGAGGGCAAGAUCUACGUGUUCCGGCUGUCGCAGAUCGAGUCCGCGGCCGAGCCGCGUUCUCGUCUCGACGUCAAGGACCACCGUCUGGAGCGGACGCGCGGAACGAACCUCUACGCCAUUUCGCGACCCGGUGGUGCCCGUCUGCGUAUGUGCGUCGCCAUAGGAAAAAAACUGCUGAUGUUCCAGUGGAAACAUUCGGCCGCCUGGACGGCCUGGUGUCCUUCCAGCGACACGGACACAGUCGAAGGAUUCACUUUUCUUUGGGAACUGACGCUGAACGAAACCCCAACGAUGAUGACAAUACUGGAGAGCGGCUGGAGCCCGAAUUCCCCCUCGCAUAGCGAUAUUCUGGUGUGCGUCGGCUACAAAAAUCACUGGGACGUGGUCAACGGUCGGACCGGAUACGCACAGCAUUUGCACACGGUCGAGGGGACCAAGGCCCAUUUGGUCACAGCCCUCGAUCUCUACGAGGAUCAGGAAAUACAGCUGCUGCUCUGUUACAAUCACACGUGUCAUUUCCAAAAAAUCAACGAAGACAGCUCUUCCACCAACUUCGACUUUCACUGGAACUCCGUUCCAACCAACAUAGUUUGCGCGUUCCCCUACGUGAUUGCCUUCACGUCCAAUUCGAUGGAGAUCAGGCUGAUUGUGAAUGGAAAUUUGAUUCACACCAUGACGAUGCCGAAGCUCCAGCUCAUCGCGUCGAAAAACGACAUAUUCUUCGCGACCACAGCGCCGGAAUUCUUCCCCAACAAGACCGACAGACUCUACGUCGAUUGCAGGCAGCAGGACAUACAAAAACACUCGCCCCCAUCCAGCCCCAACGCGUCGCCGGAAAUGCGCCCGCUCCGGAUCUACCGGAUCCCGAUACACGCGCUGAGCCGCAGCGCCAACUCGAACCACAGCUGCGUGGCGAGCGACAGUCCGCCCGUGUGGAAGUCGGCCGAUUCGAAGCUGACGGUGCCGGAGCAGCCGCGCGUCUCCAGGAGCGCCACCAGCUCCCCCAUACCGCCCAAGGGCAAGAAGCAGACCCCGAUCAAAUGAUCCGCGAUCAUGCGGGGACUGCACGAACAGUCGCUUUAGAGGAAAUGGUCGUACAUGGUUUCAGUUUUUUUUCGUUUAUAAUUUUGGUCGGCCCACUGGAAAGGCGGCCAGUUUUGUUGCUGGAAAUGUUUAUGUAGAAAAAAGGCAAAAAAACCAAUUAUUUGUGUUGUUUUGUUAACUGUAAAAUAAGCUUAAUUAAACAUAAAUAAAUUAUCGAGACUCCGGAAAGUGGCACCAAAUAUAUUUGACAUAUUAAUAUUUUUUAUAAAGGUCCUUUUUAAUAUUUAGUAAACAAGGAUUGUACAAAUUUACUAUACAUAUUUGGAUUUUUGCCAGGUUAAUAAAAAAUUGUAAAUAAUCAAAAAAUAAAAUAGAAUAUUUUUAUUUUUGAAUCCAGUUUUGCAGUUACCAAUAAAAGUAUGUACAUACACAUAAUAUCACUAUGUAAUUAGGAUAGAAAACUUACAUAUUACCUUGUAGUGAAUUGCAAUUAUGCACAGAGAGAUUUGUAGACACCAAUAAUGUAUAUACAAAAAAUAUUUGUAAAAUCUAAUGUAAAUAAAGUAGGUUUCAAUUUAUGUAGAAUAGUUACUACCACUUGUCACUUGUGUAGGGUUGAAAAUAUGUAAAAGUUUCGCAAUAAUUUUUUUAUUAAUAAUGUUUUAAAUAUAUAUUUUAUUUGAUUUGUUAUGUUUUUUGGGUUUGUAGGUCGACGUUUAUUGGAAUUAUUUCCCGACGUUAACGUUAAUAUAAAUUUGUUAAAAUACUUUUUCCUUGAUUGUUUGAAUGGACAUUACUGUAAUUUUAAUUAAAAUUAACUUGUGUGAAAUAUAAAUAAACUAACUUCUUU